AUGCAGGCACCGCUAAGCUUUCUGAUGAGAAUUUUCUUUUUCUCCAUUCCACGAGCUGUGUUUCAGCAACAAUCUCGAGGAGGACUGGCACCAGUUUUGGAGGACAGCGUAGGAACCGGUAAGCAUUCAAAUGUUGGUCGAGUGGACGACGGAAGAAUCAGCGCGUUGGCUGUUCGACUGACACUCAGAAGUUCGGAUGAAAUCUUGUGUGCCGAUCUGAAUGUGGUGGUCGGUGCGAAUGAUAAGAGGUGGGCUGUGGUGGGCGUCAGCACGGUUCACAUGAUGCGCUCCUCAAUGAAUUUUGAAAACAGAUGGGUCUUGAGAUUCGCUCUGAACUUCGCAAGUGAUGGAGAAGUAGUCAGAGAAUGUUUUUCAGUAUCCGGUCAAAUUCAUUCCAUCGAUGCGCGUCGGAUGAUGGUCGGUGCAAUGGAGGUUCGUCCGUAG